AGUUCGAAAGUUGAAGGAGUUCAAAGCUUGGAAGCGAAAAGCAGGGACCGCAGAGUCGUAGCAGAACGCAGAGUCGACAGAGUUGAGAAGAGUGAGAGAGAGAGAGAGAAGAUGAAGAGGGCGCAGUUGGAGUUACCAGCGGGGUUCAGGUUCCACCCCACGGACGACGAGUUGGUGAACGAUUACCUGAUUCGCAAGUGCGCUUCGCACGCCAUCUCCGUUCCCUUCAUUGCCGAGAUCGAUCUCUACAAGUUCGACCCUUGGGUCCUCCCAGAAAUGGCUCUGUACGGCGAAAAAGAAUGGUACUUCUUUUCUCCGAGGGACCGCAAGUACCCCAACGGAUCACGGCCGAACCGGGCAGCCGGAACCGGGUAUUGGAAGGCAACCGGAGCCGAUAAGCCCAUCGGCCGCCCCAAGACGCUCGGCAUAAAAAAGGCCCUUGUGUUUUACGCGGGGAAAGCUCCGAGAGGAGUGAAGACCAAUUGGAUCAUGCACGAGUACCGCCUCGCCAACAUCGAUCGAUCCGCUGGCAAGAAGAAGAACUCAAGGCUUGAUGACUGGGUUCUUUGCCGGAUACACAACAAGAAGGGCACCAUAGAAAAGCAUUCACCCUCCACGCUCAAUGAAACGGCAGAUUUCCCCGAAAUGGAGAUCAAGCCACAGAUUGUUACGCCGGCGGCGCUGAACCCGUACACAUCUCCACAAUAUGCGGAUUCGCCGAUGACUACAGAUCACAUGUACACGGACUCGUCAGAGUUUUUACCCAAGCUGCACACGGAUUCUAGCUGCUCGGAGCACGCGGUGUCCCGGGACUUGGCAUGGGAGAAGGAAGUGCAGAGCGAGGCGAAGUGGGACGAUUGGGAGAAGGCCCUCGAUUUCCAGUUCGAUUCGGUGGAUAACUUCUUGGACGAUGCUUUCGCGAAUGAACAGUAUGAGUUGGAUCAGUUCUCGCCUCUUCAGGACAUGUCCAUGUACUUGCAGAAGUCAUUCUGAUCAUGUCCGUUGAGUAACACAGAAGUCGGAUGACCAUUCCAUUCGGGUUGCUUUGCAUUGAAAUGCAGGCUCCAUUGGCAUGGUGAUCAAUCAAGACAAUCUCUGUCUUGGACAAAUUUUGCUCAUGUGGGGCGCUAUAGACGAGAGUUAGUCCUUGGAUUUUGCUUUGCUGGGGUGCAUCCAGUAGCACAGCGAAAGCAAUCUGUACGGCUCUAAAUUGGCCGAGAGACGACCCGGCAGAUGCGCCGCGAUCUUGAUGGGUCUGCGGUGGUCGGUACAGUUAGCGUUUAGAAUCGUGUUAACUCAUGUCAUCUCAUGUAGAUACCUGAUGAAAGUCCCUAACGAAACUAUUUGCUGUAGGAUUGUAGCAAAAUUGUUUCAAUAUUUUAUUUAAUGGAGAUUGGUUUAUUAUUC